CCGAAUUUUGAGGUUAAAAUCAGCUGAUUGUAGUAAAAAAUAUUUACCUUUCGCCAAAACAUCUAAAAACUCUAACUUUUUGUGAUAUUUUGUUGAUUGUCCUUCAAAAUUAGCGGUAUAGAUGGUUUUGGGAAGAGUGAUUGUGAAACCUAAAAUGUCAGAGGUGCUGACGGCUUAUUUGGAACAAAUUGGUGAACCUCCGUGGACUUCAUUUUUCAUUAAAAAAAAAGAUGUUGAGAAUGAUUUUUUUGGACUGUCGCAUUACAAUUGGACUCUGAAAUCAGGAAAUAAUUAUCAUAUUCUUCGAACUGGUGCUCAUCCUUACAUGAAGUACCACUGCACAAAGCGUCCGUUUGAGAAUUUAGCAGUAGAGAAUGCUUUCUACGGCGUAAUAAAAGUCAUGAAUUUAGGAAUUCCUCAGCUGAUGUACGGAUUAGCUGCAACGCAUCUGAUCAGUUACGAGGAAUUUGUGAUAGUGGGAUCAUCAAAGAUUCCAAUUUAUUUCCUAUACAAGGAAGACAAGGGAUCAAAGUACUGA